UCAGCGGCGUGCUACUAUCUGUUGGUCGGAUACGAACCAUAUCAUACCCAAGGGCUCGGUAUCGGAACUCAUAACUGUCAUAUCUUCACUAUAAAGUCAAUGUUUGCAUCGGCAUCAUUUUUCAGUAAACAUAAUUUAUGAAAUUUUCGGUGAAAACGGACCUCUAAUCAUAAUGGUUCAUGUUGGUUGCGUGUUCGAUAAGUGCGGGAACAUACGGAAGAAGAAUGGCAAGGUGUCCUUUUUUAGUUUUCCAAAGGAACCAGAACUGUUACAAAAAUGGAUCAAUUUUGUCAACCAGCACAACCGGACGCCGUUGAUCGCCGGGAAGCUGGAUCGCGAUAAGAUGAAAAUAUGCCACAUGCACUUCGAGAAGAACCAGGUGCAGACCAAGGUGAACAGCGAUCGGGUAUUGCUACGCAAUUCGGUUCCGCGGUGUCCACCGGGGAUUAUUGAUAAAGCACAUGCUUUGAAUAAAAACAAAACCAGAAAAUGCAAAUACAACCAGGCCAACACCACAAGCAGUCAUAACGGAACUGCUGAUAAAACCAAAUCCAAAGACAAAUCUACAGUAGAGGGACUCCCCCUUUACCACACCAUCAACGGAUAUGUAGUGGACCUGAGGAUCGCAGCACUACAAGAAACGUUUCGUCUACCUAACGGAAAGUUAAUCCAAGUGCGAAGACAACCGAAGAAGGGCUCUGAUGCCGAGCUACCCACGGUUCCAUUGCAGCUGAAUAAAAAACCUGUGGAUUCCGCUCCUGACCUACCUUCUUCAUCAGCUGCCAAGUCUCCACCAGCAAACACUUCGUCAACAUCUCCAAAGCAUGUACCGGAAGAAAGAAUUCUCAAUGAGCCUGUUGUUUCAGGUGAGACAGAAACAACCAGCAUAGAUCUACCAACUGCCCCAGUUAAUUCGCACAACUCAAAACCUUCGAAAACCUACACAAAUCGACGAUCCUUUCCACCGCGAACAGCAGCAACAGCAGCGGGCAGUCUUUUGGCAUUAGCAAACGACAAACUUACAGUGAGAAAACCGGUAUACCAACCGCCGCUUAGCGCCCUGCAAUCACUUUUGUACAAGCAGCAUCCGGACACCCCAUUCGGCAACCAUAUGAAGGAAUUUGAAGGCCAACUUCUCAAUGUCGCCGAGUACUCCCUACACGUGAUUUCCAAAAUCAACACUUUACUACAUUCGAACUCCUACAAAGCUGCCACAGAGUCAAGGGAUGUGAAAUAUCUCUACCAUUCAGUGGGCUAUAUCCUCGAGUAUGCCAUGGCGCGGUUUAACGGCGUGGAAGAGAGCUGCGUGCACGAAAUUCAAAAUAUGGGAUUCACCAAGCAUUGCGAUCUUGGCCCAUUUGUGAGCAAACAAACAAAAGCACCUUCGACAGCGUCGGUUACCAAACCAAGUGAGGAGAAACCAACCGAACCUCAAUCGGAGCCAUCGGAGGUAGAACCAGAUAGAAAUGAGGCCGAAAACGACGACGCGGAUGAUGAUGCUGAUGAUGAUGAUGACGAUGAUUGCGCAAUCAUUGAACAGCGGACUGAUAUAAUCGAAGUUGAUUCCGAUGACGAAAGCGACGAAAACGAAGACGACGACAGUGAGGACCAGAAGACGGAACCUGCGGAAAUUACUUUGAAACCCAACCAACUGCGGAUAUGUUCGGAUACGGAAAGUAUCGAACCCGACGACACUUCCAACGACUCCAAACAAUCUGCGAAGACGACACCAGAGGAUAAAUCAGUCGAUAGCGACAAGAAAAGUCAAAUAAACGAUCAGGAAUCGCGAUCCGAAGCGAUAUUGCCAUCGAAUGAAACAACCGAGAUCCAGGUGGUGAUGAGUGAAGUGAAGGAGACCACGAUCGUGCAUGAUUAUUACUACCAAGCGUACAGCGAUGACGAUGACGACGACGAUGAUGGCGAGGGCGUUGUCCAAAGUAAUCAAGACGAUAUGGAGAUAAUGGAAGUGGAUGACGACGAUACGAGUAGUUCUGGGGAACAGCAGGAAGAGACAGAAGAACUGAUCGAAAUUAUAGAGGGCGAUAUUGAUCUAGAACUGGAGGAUGGGCAGGAGUAUAAGGUGAUUGAAGUAAUCGAUGGUGACAUUGAUAAUUGGUGAGUUGCGCAAUUUCACCUGAAGAAUAUUAUUUAUGUACAAAGUUAAAUAACCAUUCUAGAUAAUAAGAUUUUUAAGUUGAUAGUUUUUAAUAUACUUAAUGAAAGCUA